AUGGUGGGCGUUCCGGGGAGAUCCAAGAGCUGCGGCACUUGCAGAAUUCGUAAAAAGGGCGGCUGCGACGAAAAACGCCCAGCAUGUGGGCAGUGCAUCAAGCUACGACUGAAGUGCGAUGGAUAUGAGCGCGAGCUGCGCUUUAUCAACUUCAGCACUCAGCCUCGUAAGGCUGGUCGAAAGAAUCCAACCUCGGCCCAGAUUGCCCUACCAGUGCCGCUGGCGCGGGCAGCAUAUGCAGAGAAGUAUCUUGGUAUCUUCUGGAGUACUUAUCUUCCCACAGAUAAGCACUUCCCUGCGCAAAUGAUGAUGUACGUCAGUGGCGGUUGGACAAAUUCGCUGCCCCAGCUUUAUCUUAACUCGACGGAUAUUCAAAAGAUACUACUUGCCAUAUGUCUAUCCACUGCAGGGCGGAUAACAAACAACCGAUGGGAAAAAGAGGAGGGUCUCAGGUACUAUAUGGAAUCGCUCAGUGAAAUGUCUGCUGCCCUUGCCAACCGGACGCGAGGAAGCAUCGUUACUUUAUGUGUCAUGUCCAGGUUGUAUAGUCUCUAUGAGGUAUUCUUCGGGCAGGAUGACGAGGACAGGAUAGCCCAGGCUCGUAAUUGGCGAAACCAUAUCAACGGAGAGCUCGCUAUUGUGACCUCUCAGCCACCGGAAACAUAUAUCUCGGGAUAUUUGCACCAGUUCUUUGUGGACGGAAGACUUCAUCUUACAACUAGCGCCGUUCAGGCCCGCAAGCGGAUUAUUUUAAGCAAUCCGGAAUGGAAAAAUAUUCCGUGGAGUGAGAUACCUAAAACGCCAAAAGAUCGCCUAAUCGAUAUUCUAGUUGAGAUGCCAACGUUGCUCGAAAACCUGGAUAUAUCGCGAGCCUGCUCAGAUCCGGAAAUCCAGGAAUUCCAACGGCUGGAUCUGCUUCAAACUUGCUGGGAAUUAGAGAAAGAGCUUAUAAACUGGUGUAUGGAGUUGGGGAUUACCGACCCGACCUAUAGCCUUGACGCAGAACAAUCGCCAUUUUCGCUCGAUUACCUUGCGGCAUGCCACAUCAUGUGUCUCUACUGGGCCAUCUGCAUCAUUCUAUACAGCUCACUUCGGAUUCUGUCCUGUCCCCAGGUAGUUCUCCCGCCACAGACAGAUCCGAGGAUAUAUUGUGGGAGGAUCGCGAAGGCUAUGCCCCUACUCUUACAUCCGCUAUCUGGCGCGUACGGGGUGCACCUGGCAAGCUUUCCUGUUGCCAUUGCCCUGAUGUACCUCAACGCUGUCGAUGGGGAGGCAAUAUAUGAAGAGAAGCGUACAAUAUUUGAUGCGUUUGCAAGGUCUGGUUAUGGGAAAACUGUUGAGCGUUUUAAUCAGAGCAUGCGACGCCAGGAUGCCAGGUCCCCUCGGGUCGCUAAUAUGGAUGGGCCGAAAGCGGUACCAGCGCAAGCUAAGUCCUGGUUUGGGGUCGAGGGGGAGGAGUUGUGA